AGUAAAGAAAAUACUUUCAAGUUUAAAACACACUAUUUUCUUAACUAUUUAAUGUAUUAAUACGAUUUGCUUUGAUUGCUAAGUGCAAUUUUUUAUCUCUAGCAAACAAAAGUCAUAAAGUUAUUUUCUACAUCGUCAUUGAAAACACUUGACUUUCUUCGUCUGUAUUUAUUAACUAGAUCCACUGUACUAUUGAGGAAAAAAAAUAUGAAUAAUAAAAUAAAAACACUAGUAUCAAUCCAAAUGUGACUUAGCAUGUUCGGACCAGAGUAUUUUGGCUUGUAAUUAUCGUGAAAAUCGUACGGGUGAAAACUGCUGGUCAACAGCUAUACAAUUACUGUCUCGCCGUCAUCUGUGCAAGACGGUGUGAACUACUUAAGCAAAUGACCAUUUAACAUGUAUAAUUUUUGCAUCGAAUUUUUUGUACUAGCAUUUGUUCUAAUUUUUUUCUGCUUAAGCCUAUUUUUUGCUAUAGAUUCAUACAGUUCAUUGUGAAAUUCGUUCUAGCAAUGUUACCCAGCCUAUCUAUAGGCUGCCCCUCUAAAGAAAAGUGUUCGUAAAAUAACGAAUUUUCCGGCCUCUUCACAGAUUUCCAUUACUUCCUAUCGGUGUUUUAGUAACCGCACCUGUAUCAUUCUUUUUCAAAUGUACAUCACGCGAUCACCCACUGCAGUCUGCGUUUCUUACAUUGGCUCCGUCAGGACAUUCAAGUGACCAUGCUUUACCCGAAGCCUUUGGCUACCGUUGUUCUGAGUAUUUUUAUUUUAACAAUUAAUUCAAUCGAUACGGUAAAUAUGACUAUAGAAACAUCCGAUGAAAAUGAUUGCGUGGUUGACCUUGCCGUAAUAUGUUUGGACGAUAAAUUAAUAACAUACGUAGAUUGGCUGGAAAAGAGGGAUAAACUUAAUGUGAUCGGUAAUUUAGUGACUAUAGUCAAAAAAACAAACAAUAUUGAAGACCGUAACAAGAUACCAAAUCAGCAUAAAGUGAGUAAUGCUUUAGGACCAGCCAUCGAUGAGUACUUUGACACGCAUACACUAAGAAUAUCCUUACCCUGGAUAUUGGAUGAUGAUAUCGAUCUCGAAUUAGAUCAGCAAGGUCGCGGAAAAAAAAGUAAACUUAAACACAUGAAGAAAAUGAUGUCAAUGCUUGGAGUGGUAAUGUGUGCUAAAGUGUCAAUGUUGGGACCCCUUGCGGUGUUCAUGAUAGGUGCCAAAGCUUUGAAGGCACUUAUCCUGUCCGUGAUGGCCCUAACGAUAUCAAAAAUAAUCUUACUUAAGAAACUCAAGAGUGGUGGUCACAGUGGAAGCACUCAAGUCGAAUGGGUAUCCGAGAAAGAUGAUCAAAAUGCACAUCUUUUGGCCUAUGCUAAUCAAGCAAAAAUAUCUGUAGUAACUUCGCAGCCAGCCAUAGCAUCUGUUUACCAACACCAAGUACAACCAUUGUACCCUUCGCGUGAAAUUCAACCAGGAUACCAUUAAAAUUUCUCUCUUUUAUGAAUUUAUUAUUUGCUACAUUUUGUAUUUACAAAAUUUACAAGUUUUAUAUUCUAUUUUAUUUUUAUUUUUGGAGAAAUCGCCGUAUAAACCAUUUUAAGAAAUAGCAAUAACAUGACACCUUCUCAAGUGAAAUAUUUCGAAGAAAAAAUAGUUCCCCGUUUGGAUAUCCGGGUGGGUAAUACUGGAAAAGAAAAAUGUGUUAAAAAUAACGACAAACCAAUCAUCUCAGGAUUAAUACAAAAUAAAAAAAAGUUAUAUUUCAUCAGUGACCAGUAAAAAAUAUUACAUUUCAUUGAAAUACAAUAAUAUUGAACAAACAUAAUAACUGUUCAAUUUUUACUUAAAACUAUUUAAUAUUGGUGACAACUAUUAACAUAUUAUUAAUUCCAACAAAAAAUUCUGUUCUUAUUUUAUUAUACAUUUGCUAUAAAUAUUCCUAGAAAAAUCAUUUGUAGUUUUAACAAUUAUUUAUUUAUUAUUUUAUUUAUUUUUGUUAAUAAAGUUGA